AACUUCCUAUCCAAUUCCUUGGUCAUAGCCAAGGGGGCACCAAAGUUGUUCCCCCUCAAUCUACUAUAUAUUUGACCCUCAGCAUGCUCUAGUGGUUGUAUAAUCAACUCCUCAUCCGAAAAAGUUCUCAAACAUGGGAAAGCUCUCGUUGGGAUCUCUUCUUACUUCUUGCUUCAUUCACAAGGGAAUCAACACCCAUCCUCAACCUCGGCGUUCGUCGGCGACUAGGGUCUCUGAUCAUGGCUCCCCUGACCAGAGGCUAUCUUGUCAUGAUAUAAGCUCUCCUGAGGACUUAUCGUUGUCCUCCAUUGGAUCAAACUUGUAUAUUUUCAGCCUUGAUGAGCUCAAGAAAGCAACUAGGAGCUUCUCCCUUUGUAAUUUGAUUGGAGAGGGCGGGUUCGGGCCGGUUUAUAAAGGGUUUGUUGAUGAGAGGAUCCGACCCGGGGUUAAAGCCCAGGCAGUUGCGGUGAAGCUCUUGGAUUUGGAGGGAGUGCAGGGGCAAAAGGAGUGGAUGACUGAGGUGAUAUUUCUCGGGCAAUUGAGGCAUCCAAACCUCGUCAAACUUAUCGGUUACUGCUACGAGAAGGAGCAUAGGCUUUUGGUUUAUGAGUUCAUGGAGAAGGGAAGCUUAGAGAACCAUCUUUUCAAGAGGCUUCUUGGCCCAUUGCCGUGGACUACAAGGUUGCAAAUAGCAGUAGGAGCUGCCAAGGGCCUUGCUUUUCUCCAUGAAGCAGAGAAGCCUGUGAUCUACCGUGAUUUCAAAGCAUCAAACAUACUUCUAGACAAGGAUUUCAAAACGAAGCUUUCAGAUUUCGGACUAGCUAAGGAUGGACCAGAAGGCGAUGCAUCUCAUGUUUCAACUCGAGUCAUGGGAACGGAAGGAUAUUGUGCGCCCGAAUACAUCAUGACUGGGCAUCUUACUGCAAAGAGCGAUGUUUACAGCUUCGGAGUAGUACUACUAGAACUACUAACAGGCCAACGAUCAGUAGACAAAACUCGACCCAAUAGGGAACAAAACCUCGUCACAUGGGCAAAACCUUUCCUAAAGAACCCUGAUAAGCUAAAUUACAUAAUGGACUCUAGCCUCGAUGGUCAAUACUCAACUCUUGGGGCUCAGAGGGCGGCCGCAUUGGCUCACAAGUGCCUUAGCCAUAGUCAGAAAUCACGACCGUUGAUGAGAACUGUUGUCGAGACUCUAGAACCACUUCUAGAGUUGGAUGAUAUACCGAUGGGCACGUUUGUGUAUAAUGUGAUGGACGAUAAUGGUGGUGAGAAUGAGGAUACAGAUGCAGAUGCAAAUGCAAAUGCAAAUGCAAAGCAGAAUGGAGUUAAUAAUCAUGAUGAGAGGCACAAAUCGAGGUUUCCUAAUUCAUCGAUUCAUCGUGCUACAAGUUUGAAGAGGAAGGACCAAAGGCGAAAUAGGAGGAGCGAGUAAAUUGUAUGAUGUAGAUAUUCACAAAAAAAUGGGAAAAGAAAAGAAUUUCACAAUGGAAAGCGAAAGUGUAUAUAGAAGAUGUUACAUUCUUGAGGAAUUUGUUGGCUGUGAUUAUUAUUAGGUUUUCGUU